UGUCAUCCAUCAUCCAUCCAAAUUUAUUUCAUCCAAUGGUUGCACAAAUGUUCACGUUUUCUUUCUUUAAGUGAAAACUUUUCACACAAUAAAUAAACUGUGCACGUAGAAUAAAUCACUGACCAAAUUUAUUUUCAGUAUUACAAUAGUAAACAAGUCAUAAACUGUUUAAUAGUCAUUCAAAUUUAGUUUUCGUAGUGUUUUAAAUAACUAUAAUACUUACAGAAUGUUAAAAACAUUCCGUGUGAUAUCGAGUGUCCAAUUUCAACAAAUUCGUUUAGCUCAUCGAAUAAGAGGCAAAGCUCCAAUAUAUUGCAGAACUAUCAAAGAAAGAUUGGAUGAGUUAAAUUACAAAGAUGAAGUUUAUAGUACAAGAAUUGAUAUAGGAUUGCCUCGAAUAAAGAAAUCUGCAUCAGAUUCAAGAAAUGAGCGUUUGCAGCAUGUGAAAAAUUUGAAAACUGACAAAAAUUUGGAACAAUUAGCUAGAAAUCAUAAGUUAAGCAUUGAUUUAUCUGAAGCCAGAAGUGAUUGGCUGAAAACUAUCUCACCCUAUCAUAAGAGACAAAUUGCUGAACACUAUGGUGUAUUUGAACAUUUAUAUGGAGAAGGUUACUUUAUUCCUUUCAUGAAUUUGGAUAUUCAGUAUAAUUUGAAGAAUGAUUUAUUUUUGCCCGUGUGCUGUGGUAAUGUCAUUAAGCCAGCGGAAGCUCUUGAGUAUCCUACUGUUAGCUAUGAAUCUGAUGGUGAUUCUCUCUGGACUCUUGCUCUGACUAGCUUAGAUGGGCAUUUAACAGAGGGUGAGAAAGAGUACUUGCACUGGAUGGUGGCUAAUAUACCUGGAGACUCUGUAGAAAAAGGUGACACAAUUGCAGAGUACUUACGUCCUUUCCCAUUGAAAGGGACUGGCUACCAUAGAUAUGUGUUUGUUUUGUACAAACAGGAUGGACAUGUUUCAUAUGAUUUACCAAAAGUUAUCCAGUCAUCACCACUUGAAGAACGGACAUUUAUCACUAGGGAAUGGUAUAAGCAGUACCAAGAUGCCAUAACUCCGGUGGGGUUGGCCUUUUUUCAAUGUGAUUGGGAUCAAACUGUUCGAGACUUCUUCCAUCACACAUUGAAAACAAAAGAGCCUAUAUAUGAAUAUGAUUUCCCUGAACCAUACAUUAGGCCUCAAGAAUGGUUCCCUCGCCGCAAGGCUUUCAACAUUUACAUGGAUAAAUAUCGGGAUCCAAAGGAAAUAAAUAAGGAGUAUUUGUUGACUAAACUGAAGAAAGAGGAUCCUUUCAAGACACCACCAGCACCUCUGCGGUUUCCUAACGCUCAUCCGUUGCCUAGGAAUAUGCCAUCAUGGUUGAAACUACACGAAAGGAAGAUCAGACUGGGCUGGGGCAGGGUAAAUGACGUUUAGUUUAUUUAAUGUACUUAUAGUGAUUAGUAAAGAAUAAAUUAAUUUAAUUUAGAA